AUGGCUCGCCGAUGCGAGCGUGCCAGCGAGUAUCAUGCGCAAGGGCAGCUUAUCCAACUUGCCGCGGUGGAGGCGCAAACCGCGGACGCCGUGUUCUACUUGCGGCAUUUGAUUUUGCUCCCCUGGCUUCGGCUGGGGCAGCGGGGGCCCCUGGCGGGCUUGAUUGCAGCCUUCUUGGUGGACUUGCCUCUUCUUCCUACGCCGCUCCCGGUCUUCCAGCCUGUCCGCUUGCCUGCGCUGCAACUUCUCCCUGGAGUUGUGUUGCUGCCGCCGAACCCAUUGCCGCAUGAGCUGCUCGUCUUGUGGGCUGAGGUGCGUGACGCCCGUUGCGCCAACGCUGCUUUGCGUAGCCGUCUCCUGGAGCGCUGGUUCUUCCACUUUUUGGCCUACCUGUCUACUUCGACUGCCGCUCUCCUGGACACAGCCGGGGCCUUGUCUUUCGAACACGUCCUCAUUACGACGUCUGUCGCGCUCUCGCCCACGGCUACGAGGGGCUGGCGCGCCUGCGUCGGCAUGUGCCAUGUGCGCACCUCUCCUGUUGCAGCAUUUAGCUCCGAGUCCGCAACCCGUCCUCGCUUGCAUCUUGGUCUCUUCUUGUGUAUGGAGCCUGCCUCUCCUCCGCCUCGCAAACGGGCGCGUCGCACCGCAUUGCAGCGCGCGGCAGCUGGUUCGAUGGACAUCCGGGACUGCUUUCGCGCGACUGCUGCCGCUGCCGCUGCCGACAGCCGCUGCCCAGAAUCCACCUCGGCGGAAGCUCUCUCCGUGCCCCAGAUGUGCGUUCUCACGACUUGGACUUUGGCGGCAGCCCAGGCCACUCGCGAGGCUUGGGCCCGCUUCCAAGCGUCGGAGGGCCAGCUGCUGUUUGAGGCGAACUUGCAGCUCCUGCCCCGCGACUUCGCUGUCGCCUUCGACGUCUGUGUGACGGUAGACGACGAAGGUCGUCGCACGAUCGCGGACGUGCAGAAGGCCGUUCUGGCCGCGCUGGAUCUGGCGCUGAGCUGGUGGCGUGUGCAGGAGGCGCUGCAUUCGCAGCUUUUCGAGUUCCGUUGUUUGCUGCGGCCGUCUGCAGUUCAGUGCGUUCAUCGCGAACACCAAUCUUUCGGUGCUUCCCUUCUUGCGCUCCACGCCAUGCCCCCGCAGCCCUCCACGCUGCAGGAUGUGCUGCGCAAAUUGCGCACCGGUGACGCCGUGAACAAGUUUUUCUUGGAGCUCGAGGCCUUGCCGUUCCCCGACGAGGCUUUGCGUGCCCUCAUGCCCGAGCUGGUUGCCGAGUGGGAGGUCAUUGCUAAGUUGGAGUCCGUGCCCUGGCCAUGGGUCGCACUGCUGGAGAUGACCCUUGCCGGCUUUCUGGCGCCCACUGCGUGCCUUUAUCCGGUCAACACCAUCGCCAUCUACCCGCUCACUUGGCCCUUUCUUUUGCACCCAGGGUCGACGCAGACCUCUGGCUUGUUGCGUCUGUACCAAGACGCCUUCGACGUGCUGGAGACUCGUGUCAAUCAAUGGCGAACGCAGGAGUCCGCGGAAUGGAAGCGUGCGCAUGCUGAUGCGGCUGCCUCCGCCAAGAACCCGUACGAAGGGGUCGUCAAUAUGACGAUGGGCUCUGGCUCCCUUGAAGGUGAGGGGAAGCAGGCCGCUUUGCGUCGCAAUCUGGGGCGCUCCUGCGCCUUUGCUGCCGAGGGCUCUCGCUUCUUCGCCUGGCUGCAUCAGGAAGGAGCGUUGAAUUCUUCCAUCGUGGUGGAGCUCUAUGAGCGCGCUAAAUGGAAAAGGACGACGCUGGAUGGAACUCGUUCCUUUGAAAUUCCGUAUCCCUUCCUCGCGAUGUCUGGAGCCGUUCACUUGGAGGACAUCGCCUUUAUGUUCUGCGAGCAAGACCCCUUGGGCUUACGCGGUCGUGCCAAGUUCCUGUACACUCGACCAAGCUUCAAGCGUGCUGCAGAGUUGCGCGAGGCCAAUGCUGCCCAUAAUCCCAGGCGCACGCUCCUCGCCGACCUCGUGGACAAGUUCCUUCCCAUUCACCGUGCCCACUCGCUAGAUCACACUCCGCGAGACUUGUUCGAGUUCCCGAAAGACUAUCCCUUGCGCGCGUACACACUCCACGCAGAUGCUGUGCCUCUCUUCGACGCCACUUUCGACAAACAUGUCGUUAGCCAGGAGCAGAACUACCUCACCAACCACACCCUUGCGAAGGCCCACGGCAAGCUGAAGACCGCCAAUUUGCGUUUCGGUCUUCAAGUGCAUCUUCGCGAGCAAGCGCGUCUCGGGCGUGCGCCCGGGGACUGGAGCCUCGUGCUGUCUGACAAGGCGCUGCGCUUUGGCGACACAUUUGGUCACUAUCUCGAUGUGGUUGGUGACCAGCUUGGGCAGUUCUUCCGCAAUCUGGUUGGGGAAACUCCGGGAGGUGGGCCUGGCAACUCCGGCACGGGUGCCAAGCUACGCGACGUGCUGAAAACCGACGUUGCCGUUCUCGUGAACCAGUGUGGUCCCGAGCGUUCUCGACUUCUGCGCUUGGCCAAGGUGGUUUUGACGCAGACCUCGCCUUGGACUCUUGCCAGCCAACUGCGGCACAUGCCUGCUUGUCAAGAGAUCUUGAACGACGUGCCUUCCGACGACUGGGACAACUACUUCGGUCGCGUGGGUGCCCUGCUCAUUUACAUGCGCCUGGGGAAUGCGCUCAUGUCCGUGAACACUUCCGGCCCUAAGUCCCUCUUCAUGAUCCGCCGGCCUCUUCUGCAGGAUGCAGCGCACGUGCACUUCGUCAACAUUCUACACAAACUCGACGUGGAGAUGCGCGAGUACAAGCCAGUCAACCUGGAAAAGCUUAAAAAAGACAAGCCGCGCACGGCCCCAGAUCCGUCUUUUCCGGAUGUCUUCACGAAUGCGCAGGCCUUGGAGAUCCUGCAGAACCUGGACAAGCUGAAGGCCGAGUAG